AUGAAUAGUUCUAAUUUCCUAAGGAUUCCGAAACCUUAAAUAACAAUAAAAUAGAGUGAAUGGAAUUUACAAUUAGAAAGAUGUAGAUUAAAUGCUCAAAAUCCUAUGAGCAAAAGCUUUUACUUAAAUAAAAGCAUGUUUGAAUCUCAAUCAAUGAACUUACAUAUAUAAAGUCAGGCUUGA